AUGUAUGUGCGGGGCUACGACCGUCGUGGGCGGCCGAUGCUGGUGGUCAAGCUCGGCGGCCGGGACUCGGGGUGCCACCUGGCGACCAUCCGCCACGUGGUCUACUGCGUGGAGCGCGCGGUGGCGUGCCUAGAGAAGCGCGAGGAGGACGCGAGAGCCCAGCGUGACUCGUUCGGCGAGGCGGAGGCGGAGGUGAGGGAGGCCGCAGGCAAGCUCACGCUGCUGGUGGACUUCGCCGGGUACUGCCGCAGGAACCGUCCCGCCAUCCACACCAUCCGCGAGGCGGUGAGCAUUUUGCAGGACCACUACCCAGAGCGGUUGGGCGACGCCUUCUUGCUGCACCCGCCGAUGAAAGUGUCGGCGCUGUGGAAAGCACUGAACAGCUGGCUGGCUCCAGAGACCUACCAGAAGGUUGUGGCCGUCAAGGACGCCCGGCACCACGCGGAGCUGCUCGGCAGCGUGUUCGACAG